UAUGUAUACACCUGUUGGUUUUGGCGUCUGGUUGUGUGUUAUUAAACUUCAGCCGCGCUUGAUUCACUGGACGACGCCCAGUAUUUAUAACCUCGCAACUGCAAAACUAACAUUGACCUGGCGCGCCCAGUAAAAUAUAUUCACAUGCAUGGAAUUUUGCUGCGUUUAUUAAUUAAAAAGUAAUCAGUGCAUAAUUGUCAAUCCAUCAAUAUGAAAGUCGUCGAUUCGUGCUGGUCGCCAUGCAUAUGGACCAACAACAUAAACACAGCUUGUAAAGCUAUUGCUUUCUACACAGUGUCGGCCAGCAUUGUACUGAUUACAUUGAUUGCAUACCAAAUGAAUGGUGGCGACUCAACACAACUGUACAAUCCUUUAUUUGAAGCUGAUGUCAGGGGUUCGAUGCAAUACGUCGGAGGUUUCUUAAUCUACUACUUCAUAUGUCUUAUUAUAUUUGCAAUCAUGAUGAUACAUGGCCUUCGUAGGGGAGUAAGAGGCUGGCUCUUACCCUGGCUAGUAGCUUGGUUUAUCGUCUGUUUAUUCCAGCUAGUUUUUGGAUUAUGGCUAAUCGGUGGCUAUUACAUUUAUCUGCAGUUAGUAUAUUCAACAUUGAUCAACUGGAUUUGGAUGGGAUACAAUAUUUAUUGUUGGCUUGUUGUACUCUCAAUGUAUAAGGUGCUUGAAGAAUUACAGUCACCAAACAUUGAACUUCUUUGGCCUUAAACGCUUGGUUUUUUGCAUUAAAAUAGCCAACAAGAAUAACAAUAAGAAAUGUAUGUUAUCAUUUAAGAUAAAGUCAAUUGAAAUUGUUACUCAUACAAAGCACAAAUUCAACGAAAAAUGUUUUAAUGAGCUUUGACUCCAGUAGAGUAAAAACUAUUGUAUAGAAUUUUCAUUUAAUUUGAAAAAAAUCCAAUUAGUAUUGUUAUUUUCUAUAAAUAACAAUUUGGUUUAAUGACUAAGACUGAAAAUAACCUGCAUUGAAUCAGGAUCUAUCCGUCCAAUAUCAGCCUUGCAAUAUUAUUAUAUUAAAUGAAAAGUAAAUUGCAAAUACUAUAAUAUUUAAGCUUUGCACAUACUAAUGAGUAUUUUAGUUUAUACAUGUAUGCAGGUGAAGAUAUUUGUUAGUGUUUUAUUGCAAAAAUCAAAACAUAAGCUUUUUUAUAUAUUCUGUACAAAAAUAUAAUUAAACCUGUUGAAUGUUUAGUAUUUACAGAAAUAAUGUAAAAUAUUCAACAUUAUUCAAAUGCUUUGAAGUUGCUUUUAACCAGUAAUCUUUUAUUUGAAUAGAAUGAACUAUUAGAUAAAUUUUUGCACAAUUUUUAAU